CCACCGCCCAUGGAGUCUAGCCUCCCUCCCCCUCCUCCUCCACUGCCAACCUUUUCCCCAAUGCCUCCACUUCAGCGUGCUGUCACGAUGCCAGCAAUAUCGCAUUCAGAGAAUAUGAAGGGAAAGAUGAAAGGCAUUGCCAUGGAUGAGAGCGAUAUUUAUGAAGAGGAAGAGGAGGAAGAGGAAGAAGAGAAAGGAGGUUUUCGUAGGAGGAAGAAAGGGGUUGAGGAGGUUGGAGUGGAGACACCGGUAAGGACUCCUCCAAAUCCUACUACUCUGCCGGAGAUUAGAGGAAUGGCAUGGGAUUAUUUUUUUAUGGACAAUAUGCCGCGAGAAUCAUUGGAAGAGGUUGAGGAGGAAGAAGAGAGUUACGUGGAGGAGAGAAAUGGAAAGAUUGAUGGGAAUUUUGGCAAUGUGGGAGGAAAUGUCGAGUUUAAGACGCCAGAGAAGCAAGUGGGAUUUGAGGGUAUUGAAGAGUUCAAGACACCCGAAGAGACACCAGCAAGUGUGGGAGUUGAGAAGCAGUUUCUGCAUUCAAAUACAGCGCCACCUGCGAUGAGUAGGAUUGAAAUCACUGGUGGAAAUGUUGGGGGAAAUAAAAAUAGUGUGGAUUUGUUGAGAGUUUUGAGUGAGAUUGAUGACCAUUUCCUUAAGGCUUCUCAAAGCGCCCAGGAGGUUUCAAAGAUGCUAGAGGCCACAAGGUUGCAUUACCAUUCAAAUUUUGCUGAUAACAGAGGACACAUUGAUCAUGCUGCAAGGGUCAUGCAAGUUAUUACUUGGAACAAGUCUUUCAGAGGCAUCCCUAAUGGUGAUGGCACAAAAGGUAUCCUUGAUGCAGAAGAUUAUGAGACACAUGCCACUGUUUUGGAUAAGUUGCUAGCAUGGGAGAAGAAGUUGUAUGAAGAAGUGAAGGCUGGUGAGCUGAUGAAACUUGAAUAUCAGCGUAAAGUUGCCGUGCUGAACAAACUGAAAAAACGCAAUGCUAGUUCGGAGCAACUGGAGAAAGCAAAAGCUGCUGUCAGCCACUUGCAUACACGGUAUAUAGUUGACAUGCAAUCAUUGGAUUCGACUGUCGCGGAAGUGAAUGAUAUACGUGACAAGCAGUUGUAUCCAAAACUUGUGGCUCUUGUUCAAGGGAUGACCAAUAUGUGGGAAUCCAUGUGCCAACACCAUGAUAGCCAGCUGAAGAUUGUUACCGACCUCAAAUCCCUCGAUGUCUCCGGGGUUCUCAUCGAAACAAGCAAACACCAUCACGAGCGUACCAAGCAGCUCUCGAAUGUCGUCGAGCAGUGGCACUUGCAGUUUGAAAAGCUCGUGACAAAUCAAAGACAUUACAUCAACUCACUCAACAACUGGUUGAAACUAAACCUCAUCCCCAUCGAGAGCAGCCUGAAGGAAAAAGUCUCAUCGCCUCCAAGAACUCUGAAUCCCCCCAUCCAGCCACUGCUCCGUUCCUGGCACGACCACCUCGAGAAGCUCCCUGACGAGGUGGCAAAAAGUGCAAUCGCGUCCUUUGCUGCAGUGAUAAAGACCAUUAUCAUUCAUCAGGAAGAAGAAAUGAAGUUGAAGGAUAAGUACGAGGAAACGAGAAAAGAGUACUUCCGCAAGAAACAGGCCUUUGAAGAAUGGUACCAAAAAUACAUGCAGCGACGACCACCAAUGGACGAGACGGACCCUGAUAAGGCCGUCGAAACGAAUGCCAAGGACCCAGUCUCCGAGAGGCAGUUUCUGGUGGAAAGCCUGAAAAAGAGAUUGGAAGACGAAAUGGAAGAUCACCAGAAGCACUGUGUUCAAGUGAGGGAGAAAUCACUUGGGAGUCUGAAAAUCCGGUUGCCGGAGCUGUUCCGGGCUCUGUCCGACUAUGCUCAUGCGUGUUUCGAUGCCUACGAGAGACUGAGAUUGAUCACACAAUCACAGCAUCCAGGUAGGGCUUCAUAAUCCGAUUUUGUUAAAACCUGUGUACAAUAUUUUUGCAGAGGACUAAGUUUCUUGGAGGUUUCUUUAUGUUGUCUAACAUAUUGCAGUUUUUGCAAUAUUGUUCUUGUAGAACUGUUGUUCGAAUGAGUUAUUUUAUCAGCUUCUUGAGGACUCC